AUGGACACGCAAGCUCAGCAGGCGGGGGCACCGGGCCAGCCGCUCGUGGCCUUAGGGCAGAUGCUGGAAAGGAUUACGGUUAUGCAGCGCGAGGAGGCGGUGACAACCAGACAAUUCCUGGGGGCCCUGCACGACCAAGCCCAAAUGCACUCGGCGGCCCUGGAGCGGGUGCUGACCGACCGAUCAUCGGCAGCUCCGGCACCAACAGGACCUUCAAAGCUGGCGGGGGUAAUCCUGCAGAAGAUGACGGCAGAGGACGACGUACAGUCGUACCUCGAAACCUUCGAGGCUACGGCGGAGGCGUGUGACUGGCCGGCGGACGAGUGGGCGGUCCGUCUCUUACCGCUGCUGACUGGAGAGGCGCAGACAGCGGCACUAGGGCUACCCCCGGCAGCCAGGCGGGUGUAUGCGGACAUCCACAAAGCGGUGGUGGACAGGCUCGGGCUGUCCCCGGAGGACCACCGACGGAGGUUCCGGGAGGCCAAGCUGGGGCCUGAGGACCGACCGUUCGCGUUCGGCCAGCAGCUGAGGGAUGCCGCAGCCAGGUGGCUGCAACCCGGGAACUCCGCAGCGGCGCAGGCGGUGGUGGAGCGGAUCGUCCUCGAGCAGUUUGUCGGCGGGCUCCCGGCCCGCACAUCGGCUUGGGUCCGCUGCCAUCGGCCGGGGGGGAUGAAGGCCGCCAUCACCCUGGCGGAGGACCACCUGGCGGUCCAUGGCCCAGGGAAGGGGGAUGGCGAUCGGCCGCCGUCUACGGGCCGGCCGAUACCCGGCCAACGAAGGAGGCUGCCUCCGCAGCAACCGUCACGGCCGGCGCCGUGGCCGACACCCCUCCCUCGGAUCCCCGAGCCGGGGUCCUCGACCGGGCCCGGUACUCUUCCUGACCCACAGGGGGUAUUUCAAGCGCCAGGGCAGGAGUGCUGGAGAUGCGGGCAGCCCGGGCACUUCCGGAGGGAGUGUCCGUUGAUGGAGGUGGGCCAGGUGAUCCGGGUUGCCGGCUCGCCAGCCUCUUCCCCAGGUCCGGGACCGACGUACCGCGUUCCGGGACAGAGCGAGCGAGGGAGCGGGAGAACAGGACCUGGCAGCAGAGCAGCAGCGUCCUGGGAGCUGGAGACUAAAUAAACGAUUGUUC